AGCGUUUCUCUGUGAGAAUUUUGCUAGGAAAAUUAAACACAACACAACAGAAAGACUUGUGAGAGAAUCGAAAGGGAAGGUAGAAGAAGAUGGCCGCGAAUGGAAGCUUCAAUCUCGAUAGAAAUCAAAAGAUAGUGUUAUCUCUUUGUAAACACCUUUCCUUAGAUCCUAAAAUUUUGUCGGAUGAUGUCAAGGAAAAUGAUAUCAAGAGCUUGUACUUGAACAUAUUGAAGUCAUCUGGGGCCCCUUUGAAUGACAAUGAUGAGGUGAUGAAGUGGAUAACCUUUGCAGAGAGUUUUCCUUUAGAUUCUAAGUCAUGCUUUGGAGUUCUCAGUGGAUUAAAUGACGACUUGGCUCAAAAGUCUGUACUAUUGGGCAAUGGAUUAAAACCCUCAGAAGCUGAUGUUAUUGUGUUUGCAGUACUACAUCCUUUGUUGAUUGGCCUUCCAAAUGCAGAAAAGGAAAAAUUACCACAUGUGUUGAGAUGGGUGGAUUACAUCCAGAACAAGGAGGACUUUGGGGAAUUAUUUGAGAAGAUAUUGCUUGAAAAGGCUAAAUUUGAGCCACAGGGAGCAACAAAUACAGUGAAGGUGGAAGUAGAUUCAGAUGCAAAAAAGACAUCGCAAAGUACCAAAAGUGCAGAUAAAUCGCAAAAUACCAAAAGUGCAGAUAAGUCGGAGGCAGCUAUGAAUCCAAAGAAAAGAGAUGCUGGGAAAAAGGCCACACAAGAUAAAGAAGUUACACAGGAAAAGAAAAAGUCAUCUGAAACAGAAGCAGUUGAGAAAGACAAAGAUAUUAGUGUCAGUUUGCUUAAUAUACAGGUUGGUCUUAUUCACAAGGCAUGGAAACAUCCAUCUGCUGACAGUUUGCUUGUCGAGGAGAUAGAUGUUGGAGAUGCUAAACCACGUCAGGUGGUUAGUGGUUUGGCCAAGUUUUGUAAUCCAGAUGAUUUAAAGAACCGGCGUGUUGUAUUGAUUACAAAUGUGAAACCUGGAAAGCUACGAGAUGUGAUGUCAGAAGGACUGGUGCUAUGUGCUUCUAAUGAAGAUCAUACAAUUGUAGAGCCUUUGCUCCCUCCUGAAGGGGCCAAAAUUGGGGAGCGCAUUUCAUUUUCUGGGAUUGACGGAAAGCCAGAAGAUGUCCUUAACCCAAAAAAGAAACAGUUGGAAAAGAUAACGCCGCAUCUUUUCACUGAUGACAAGGGUGUGGCCACUUUUAAGGGAAUCCCAUUUAUGACUUCUGGUGGACCAUGUACAUCAUCCAUUCCCAAGGCAAGCAUAAAGUAAUGAAGAUGGUAUAGUGGCUUCUAAGAACAGUGUAACCCACUUUUUAGAUUUGAGCAUUAAAGCUCUACUUCAUAAGAAGACAUUAAUGCAGGCAUGGUUUUUGAUUGCUUAAAGUGUCAUGUUGCUCUUACAGUCAUAUCAAAUGGUUUCACAUGCUAUUGCAUUCAGUUUGAACCUGACGAUACUGAUCUCAAUUCAAUUAGGAUCUGAUGAUACAGAAAGUUCAGCAAAUGAGGGGGAGAUUUUUCUUUAG